AUGUCCGCCGUUAAGGGCUCGGCGACGCUGACCGCUCCCGCGCUCGUCCGCUGCGCCACCUCGCCCAUCCCGCGCGCUAGGUCCCCUAUUCCCCGCUCCACGCCGUCGACCGGCGGUGUGGCGGGUUCCGCGGGGGGAGUGUUGGCGGAAGGCGGAACGGGUAGGCGGAGCCGCGCCAAGUGGCAGGUUGGCGGAAAGAUCGGCGCGGUGCUGGGGAAGGACCCCGCAGGCCUGCUAGCUGCUAUUAACGCUAUUCGCGAGCAGCAUCGUGGGUCGCAGCAGCGUAAUUACGACGCUGCUGAUGAAGGCAGCUCCGCAACCACGACCCGCCGCCUCCGCUCCUCACUCGCCUCCCAGCUCUCCUCCCCCGCGCUUCCCGCGGGCAUCCCCCCCGGAAGCCGCCGCGCCCCUAACUCCGCCGCCGCUGGAACGGGAGGGCCGCGCGUUCUGCGCCCCCGCUCCCCCUCUCCCAUGCGUCGGGCGCGCAGCCCGCGGCAUCUCUCCUCCCCCGCCCCUGACCACGGCGCGCCGCCAGUUUCUCGCUAUCAGGAUGAGAUCCCAGCCGUUGCUGGCCAGCAGGGAGAUAUCGCUUCAAAUCCUUAUGGUACUUCUGCGGCGGCCACUCCCUUCAUGAAGCUCGAUCCCUCUGCGACGGGUCUCUCGCUCGUCGCAGAGGUCGCAGCGUUCCUCGUGCGGCUAGACGACGCGGAAUCGGCGUCGUCAUCUUCGUCGCCGUCGUCGCAGGCAUCGAAGAGCUCAGAAAACGAUUACGACGGCGACGCGGCGCGGCUAGAAGUCACGCGGGAAGUGCGCGAGCAGCUCGAGGCCGCGUGGAAUCUCAGCCCCAGCGACGCCUUGCGGGGCGCCAGGCGGAAACCUGUCAGAGGGCGGCGUUUUUUGUCAGCUUCUGCGACGAAGCUGCCAGCAGGGGGAGUGGCGGAGGGGGAAACAGAUGUGGGCGGAAACAUGGCGGAAAUGGAUCCUGCAGCGCGGAGGCGGGCGAUGCGGAGGAGGUUGCGCGCAGCUGCCCUCGCGAUGGGCCUGCGGAUGAGCGGAAACGCGCUGGAAAUGGCGGAAGAUGGGCAGGCGGAAGCGGAGCUGGAAUCGGAAGCGGAAGCCGUUUCAGCUUCCCCGCGCGUAAGGGGAAGUGGCGGAGUGGGAAGAGGUUCCGCGAGCGGGGGAGCGGCUGGUGGGAACGCGAUGAGCGAGGAGGAGGUGGAUGCGCUGAUUCGUGACUAUGGCGGGGGCGAUACAGCGAUGAACGUUGAUUGGACGCAGCCGCGCUCGUUGCUGCCGGCGAAAGAGGAGCUACGAUUGGCGGAGCUGAUACAGCGGGGGAAUGAACUGGAGGAGCGAGCUAAGAUUGCUGCAGCCGCUGCUAAGCCCGCAGGCUCGGCAGCCCCAGCAGCCCUAGCAACAGCCUCAGCUGGACGUGAGCAGCAGCAGCAGCAGCAGCAGCAGCAGCAGCAGCAGCAGGAGCAGCAGCAGCAGCAGCGGCAUGUGCUAUCGCACGCGGAAUGGGCAGUGCUUUGUAAUCUGACUCCCAAGCAGCUGCACCGACAACUGCUCGCCGCUCAGGCUGCCCGAACCAAGCUCGUUCUGCACAAUCUGCGCCUUGUGCUCUCAAUCGCCCACUCCUUCCGUCUCUCCACCGGAGCUGAUUUCAUCGCUGUCUGCCAGCGCGGCCUCGAGGGUCUCACCACGGCUGCCCGCCGCUUUGACCCCGCCAGGCGCCUGCGCUUCUCCACCUUCGCCACGCACGCAGUUCGUACGGCCAUCAUUCGUGCGAUACCGUCGACGCAGUUUGUGCGCAUGCCUGCUAGGAGCUCCAUGACUCUCAUUUCAGUGCGCAAGGCAAGAGCAGCAGUGGAGAAUCGGCUGGGCCGUAAGGCCACUGUAGCAGAGGUGGCGGCAGAGGCGGGCCUCUCUGUCGCCCAGUGCCGUGCCGCCCUUGCCGCCCCUCUCGUCACCCGCCCCGUCUCCCUGCACGCCGCGUCGCGAGUCACAGGGCUUGCACUGGAGGACACUAUAGCGAAUAUAGAUGGUGGGCUUGUCAGGUUAGUGGUGGUAGUGUCAGUGGUGUGGCUGGGCGUGCGAUGGAAGGCCCUACAGGUAACUCCAGCAUGUGGGUAG